AAUAAUCCAAAUAUAUACAAGCUAAGAAUAUAAUUCUCUCAUUGCUACCUAUCUAGGUUGCCUUAUUAUUAUACAAAUAGAACCUAUUGGUCAUUUCAUUUUCAGAAUGGGCAACUUGGUCAUUGCGUACAUUAUUUUAGCCUUUUAUUCUCUCUUCAUUAUUGUGCAUGGCACUGAUAAGUUAUCAUGCAAUCAAACUCCAUAUCCCACUCUUUGUAACCAUUACAUUGGCACUACCAAUUAUUCAAUUUCAUCAUCAUCAAGUGAUGUUUCCUCUUCUUAUUAUUCCUUCCAUGACAUGGCCCUUAAGGUCACCAUGGACCAAGCAAUAGUAGCACACAAACUUGUCUCAUCAACCAUGGAAUCCAACGAUUUCAAAGACAAGAGAGCCAAGUCCGCAUGGGAAGAUUGUUUGGAACUCUAUGAGAAUACAAUCUAUCAGCUCAACCGUUCAAUGAACUCAAACAAUCUAAACGACAGGUUAACAUGGCAAAGUGCUUCUAUUGCGAAUCAACAAACAUGCCAAAACGGUUUUCUUGAUUCUAACCUUUCAUCUCACUACCUAAACUACUUUCCAUCCAUUUCAAGCAACUUAUCCAAGUUGCUGAGCAACUCUUUGGCCAUUAGCAAUACAUUAACGUCCUUGACUUCGUUACCAAAAGACCCGGUUGUUCGCCGCGGUCGAAAAUUGCUUUCUUUUAAUGGCUUCCCAGAGUGGCUAUCUCCUUCCGACAGGAGGCUUCUUCAGGCUUUGCCGGGAACGGCGGCACCGAAGGCGGACAUUGUGGUGGCACAGGACGGGAGUGGGAAUUACAAGAGUGUUUCGGAGGGCGUGGCGGCGGCGGGUAGGGUGAGUAAGAAUGGUCGAGUGAAUUAUAUCAAUAACGUUACUUUGUGGCUUGACUUUGAUUCAGCGGUGUCGAGUGAUGGGUUCAUCGCCAGGGACUUAACAAUUGAGAACAGUGCUGGGCCACAGAAGCACCAAGCGGUGGCACUUCUUUCCAGCUCCGAUCACUCCGUGUUCUACCGGUGUAGCUUCAGAGGCUACCAAGACACCUUAUACGUCCUUUCCCAACGCCAAUUCUACCGCGACUGCGACAUCUACGGCACCAUAGACUUCAUCUUCGGUGACGCUGUCGCCCUCUUCCAAAACUGCAACAUCUUCUUGAGAAAACCAAUGAGUAAGCAACAGAACGCAGUGACAGCACAAGGGAGAACCGAUCCCAACGAGAACACCGGCAUUGUCAUCCACAACUGCCGCAUCAUGGCGGCUUCAGAUCUGAAGCCAGUUCAGGGAUCUGUCAAGUGCUUCCUUGGCCGGCCGUGGCAGAAGUACUCAAGAACGGUGGUGGUCAAGAGUAGCCUGGACGGUUUGAUUCAACCGGCAGGGUGGAUGCCAUGGGCGGGAAGCUUUGCUUUGAAUACAUUGUAUUAUGGAGAGUAUAUGAAUAUUGGAGCAGGUGCUAACACUGCAGGGAGGGUCAAAUGGCCUGGCUUUCAUGUUAUUACCAACCCUACUGAGGCUUUGAAAUUUACUGUUGCUAAUUUCUUGGAUGGUGGAUCGUGGAUUCCUGGGACUGGUGUUCCGUUUGAAACUGGCCUUUGAACUUGUGAAUUUAUUACCAAUCUUUCAAAUUGUUGUGUACUUUAAAUUCAUUAGUUGUGGGUGUGUGUUGGGUGUCUCUUUGUCUAUAGUCUUAGUUCAAAUUUGUGUUCCCUCAAGGACAGGGGAGUGAUUGGGAAAAUGUGUAUAGGAUUAAUGUGUUGUAGGUUGAAAGUCUUCAAUUUAAUUUCACUAAAUUUGUAAUUAUAUACUUAUUGAAAGAAAUUCUAUAUCUCCAC